UAUAAAACCUGCAUCCGGACAAAAUCGUCCAUUUUGCAAUUUCCUUUGCUUUGGUUACAAUCAGUUUCUGUGUUCGCAGAGCUGUGUGAUAGUUUUAAGUGUUAAAAACCUAGAUAAAUUAAUAAAAGAUGGCAGCAAAGGCACCUGCUGUAGGUAUUGAUUUGGGUACCACCUAUUCAUGCGUUGGCGUUUUCCAACAUGGAAAAGUUGAAAUUAUUGCCAACGAUCAGGGAAACAGAACCACACCCUCAUAUGUUGCCUUCACAGACACAGAACGUCUUAUCGGAGAUGCUGCUAAGAACCAAGUAGCAAUGAACCCCAAUAACACAAUUUUUGAUGCCAAACGUCUUAUUGGGCGUCGUUUUGAUGACACUGCCAUCCAGGGCGAUAUGAAACAUUGGCCCUUUGAAGUAUUGAAUGAUGGCGGCAAACCAAAGAUUAAAGUAGACUACAAAGGGGAAGCAAAGACUUUCUACCCCGAAGAAGUCAGUUCAAUGGUUUUAACUAAAAUGAAGGAAACUGCAGAAGCCUACCUUGGUAAAGCGGUCACGAAUGCCGUAAUCACUGUACCUGCUUACUUUAACGAUUCUCAACGUCAAGCUACCAAAGAUGCCGGUACCAUUUCCGGUUUGCAAGUAUUGCGUAUCAUCAACGAACCGACUGCCGCCGCCAUCGCCUACGGUCUCGACAAAAAGGGACAGGGCGAGAGGAACGUACUCAUUUUUGAUUUGGGUGGCGGUACCUUUGAUGUGUCCAUCUUGACCAUUGAAGACGGUAUCUUUGAGGUGAAAUCCACCGCCGGUGACACUCACUUGGGUGGUGAAGAUUUCGACAACAGAAUGGUGAACCAUUUUGUACAAGAAUUCAAACGUAAAUACAAGAAAGACUUGACCACCAACAAACGUGCCCUCAGACGUUUGAGAACCUCUUGCGAAAGGGCGAAGAGAACCCUCUCUUCCUCAACCCAGGCCAGUAUCGAAAUCGAUUCCCUCUUCGAAGGUAUCGAUUUCUACACCUCCAUCACCAGGGCCAGGUUCGAGGAACUCAACGCCGACUUGUUCCGUUCCACCAUGGAGCCAGUAGAAAAAUCCAUUCGUGACGCUAAAAUGGACAAAGCUCAAGUCCAUGACAUCGUAUUGGUAGGCGGAUCCACUCGUAUCCCAAAAGUACAAAAACUCCUUCAAGACUUUUUCAACGGAAAGGAAUUGAACAAAUCCAUCAAUCCCGAUGAGGCUGUAGCUUACGGUGCCGCCGUGCAAGCCGCCAUCCUUCACGGAGACAAGUCCGAGGAAGUGCAAGACUUGCUUCUUUUGGAUGUCACCCCCGUUGUCUCUCGGUAUCGAGACCGCUGGAGGCGUAAUGACCGCUCUCAUCAAGCGCAACACCACCAUUCCAACCAAGCAAACCCAAACCUUCACCACCUACUCUGACAACCAACCCGGAGUGUUGAUCCAGGUGUAUGAAGGUGAACGUGCCAUGACCAAGGACAACAACUUGCUUGGAAAAUUCGAAUUGACCGGCAUUCCACCAGCACCAAGAGGCGUACCCCAGAUCGAAGUCACCUUCGACAUUGACGCCAACGGUAUCUUGAACGUAACGGCCAUCGAGAAGUCGACCAACAAGGAGAACAAGAUCACCAUCACCAACGACAAAGGCCGUCUCAGCAAGGAGGACAUUGAACGUAUGGUCAACGACGCCGAGAAGUACAGGAACGAGGACGAGAAGCAAAAGAGCUGCAUUGCCGCCAAGAACGCCCUCGAAUCGUACUGCUUUAACAUCAAGAGCACCAUGGAAGACGACAAGAUCAAGGAUAAAAUCAGCGAAAGCGACAAGACCACCGUCAUGGAGAAAUGCAACGAAGUCAUCGCCUGGUUGGACGCCAACCAACUUGCCGACAAGGAGGAGUACGAGCACAAACAAAAGGAGCUGGAGAACAUCUGCAACCCAAUCAUCACCAAGUUGUACCAAGGGGCCGGUGGCGCCCCACCCGGUGGAAUGCCCGGCGGCUUCCCUGGAGCCGGUGGCGCCGCCCCCGGAGCCGGUACUGGAGGCGCUGGACCAACUAUUGAAGAAGUUGAUUAAUAAACUAUUCCAUUGCCACAGUAUUAUAAUUUAUAAACACUUUCUGUGACUUUUAAGUUUCAUUAAACCAGGUUGCAAUUCU